ACUGUUGUAGACACACUUCACGCCCUGUUGAAUAGUCAAUAGAUUAACGUCGUCGGUUUACAGUAAUUCCGUUACUCCGUAGGCAAAUUGGGUUUCCUCAGCCACAUACUUAAUUUCAGACUUUGCCAGGAUGCCAGUCCACCGCACAACAGUGGUUAGCAGUAGUGCCGUGACUUCCCACGUUGGUAUUGUGCGACUUCUUGAGAUCAUUUUUUCCUGUGUUACCUUCAGUCUAGUGGUACACCGUGGAGGGUGGACGCACCAUGCUGGAGAUUGGUGCAUGUUCUGCUGGUGUUUCUGCUUUGCUGUCAGCGUUUUAAUUGUGUUAGUGGAACUUUUUGGACUACAAAACAGAGUUCCUGUAUCUUGGAAAAAUUUCCCUAUCACUUUUGCAAUGUUUGCAACACUGUUGUCUCUCUCUGCCUCUGUCAUUUACCCUAUAUUCUUCCUGAACAAGAAUGCGUCAUACUACUCCGAGACAAGAGAUUAUCGUAUUGCUGCCACAGUUUUCUCAUGCCUGACCUUCAUUGCUUAUACCAUAGAGGUAUCGAUGACCCGAGCAAAGCCUGGAGAGGUUACUGGAUAUAUGGCCACAGUGCCUGGCCUUUUGAAAGUGGUGGAAGGUUUCACGGCGUGCAUUAUCUUUGUUUUAAUCAGUGAUCCUGUUUCUUAUGACAGUCACGAUGCACUUAAAUGGUGCCUUGCAGUCUACUGUAUAUGUUUUAUCCUUUGCAUUUGGGUUAUUAUCCUUUGUGUUGGUGAGUGUACUGGGUGGCUGCCGUUUGCGUUCAACAAGUUCCUUAGUGCCUAUGCUCUGCUUGCAGUCUUGAUGUAUGCUUCAGCCACUAUCAUCUGGCCCAUUUUCAAGUUUGACAAAAAGCACGGUGGUCAAAGCAGUCGUCCAGGCAGUUGUAAAAACAGGGUAUUGUGUAAUUGGGAUAAACUUGUCGGAGUUGCUGUGCUGACUGUCAACCUCAUCAUUUACAUUGCUGAUCUCGUCUACUCUGCCAGACUCAUAUUCAUUAGAGUCCCAUAAUUUCAAUGCUAUUAGCCCUAGCCUUCCAUCUGACUCAAGUUCUUCUCCAGCUGUCUUUUUUUUUUGUGCUUCAAAGUUGUUGCUUUGCAACUUGUUAAAAGUAUAUGUAUUUUUAUACCGUAACUUGCUUCCUUCAGUGAGCGAGUCCCACUGUGGGUAUGAAUACAGAGUCUGAAUAUUUGUUGAAAACAUGACUUUAUUGCAUUAACCUAAAAUCUCACCAGCAGGAUUUUGCAACAAAACCAUUUACCAAUGAACAGCAUUCAUUUUGUAGUGUUCUUGGGCAAAAGUCUAAAUGAAAUGGACACCACUGAAGUAUUUUCAGAUGACCGCCAAGAACAUUGCUUUCUCUUUGUGUACAGAAGGGAAACUGUUGUAUGGAGUACAGCUAAAAGUGUUGCUUGCUUUUACAAAAAUCAUCCUUGAAUGAGUUUUUGACCAAGAGUGCUUUUAUUAGAUUGUUCUGUAUUUUGUUUUUAGUGUUUUCUUCCAUGCUGUUUUUUGUAUCUUAUUGAAAAAAAAAAUGGGCCCAUCACCUGUUGUAGUUACUGGUUCAUCAGUUUUUUCCUAAAAGGUCACGUGUUUUCAGGUAACAGAUGAUUAUAAUUUAGGUUUUUGAAAUUCUGGACAGAACAGUGGUAUGACAGGUAACCACAGCAAGUACACAGGUACCACUGGAAUUGAAGUGAAAAAAAUUGACCCAACACAGUUCUAAUUGUAAGCUUACUCCCGAGUAAUAACUGUGUACUUCCCUUACCCCCGAGUAAUUGUAUACUUCCCAUGUAGAUCAAAGACUAAAUUUUGUUAUUCUACAUUGCCUUUCUUGCUGUUUGUACAUCUCCUAUGGUAGAAACAGAUAAUUCUGAAGUCACUGUAAGGCUAUGGCCUCCUCAUGCCAAUGUUUUUAAUGUUAAAUACUGGACACAUUCAUAUUUAAAGUAUCUUUUUAAAUAUUCCUGUAAAAUGCCACUGUCUACAGACAAGGUGUUUCAGCAGAUGGUGUUCAUGUUUUCUUCAGAUGUCUGUGUUAAAUAAUGAAAUAAUACUGUGGUAAAACUAAAAGGAAAUUGUCUUUUUGGUUUUAAGAUACAGUUUAAGGAUUAAAUGCAAGACAAGCUAUUCAGCCGUGCUUUUGUGAUUUAGACUCAGCAUUUCAUUGCAAUUUAUGUCUUUCUUGCAUUAUUUUCUACAAACUCUGUCACACAAGGUAAAGUAUGUAUGCCUUUUUUUUUUUUUUUUUUUGCAUGUACACAACAUUCUUCAUUAAAUACUGCAACAAAUGGCUUAUUUUUUUACAAUAGCAUUUACUGCAGGCAAAAAUAAACUGUAAAAAGGAAAUUAUGUAAAACAAGUUCAGUAAUGUUUUGUUGUCUGUGUAGUUUUUCUAUGCUCUGCUCAGUCUUGUUAAUUCCUUACAAAAUUAGAAAAACCUGAAAAUGUGUGGAGGCACAUUUCCAAGCAGCAAAGCUUUCAAAGUUGUAUGCCAUGUGCUGUGUAUAUUUAGUGGUGUCUAUUAGUGUUUUAAUUUCAUGCAAAAAUCAGUGCAUUCGUACCCAUUUGUGUAAUCUUCAAGCUUGCUGCACAGAGCAGUAUUAUAUGUGUGCAUUGUAGUUCAUAUAUCUUAAAUGAAAAUAUAAAAUUUGAUGUAUAUAAAGCAUUUACUUUUGUCUUCCGAUUCUCAA